AUGUCGAAACCAAGAUACCUAACUGAUUCAGAAAGGGCCAAGGUGUUAGAAUUUCAAGAUAUGAUCCAUUAUAGUCCGAGAUAUAGUGAUGAUUCUCAUGAAUACCGUCAUGUGAUGUUGCCAAAGAAUAUGUUAAAAGUGAUUCCUCAAGAUUAUUUCAACCCAGAAACAGGUACUUUAAGAAUAUUAUUAGAAGAAGAAUGGAGAGGAUUAGGUAUCACACAAUCUUUAGGUUGGGUCCAUUAUGAAACUCAUGCUCCAGAACCUCAUAUAUUGUUGUUUAAAAGACCAUUAUCUUCGGGUCAAUAA